AUGCAGGUUUUUCACUAUAUGAGGGAGAGGGUAGUAAAUAAACUAAGGGGAUGGAAGGAGAAAUUUCUGAGUAAUGCUAGAAAGGAGGUCCUCCUUAAAGCAGUGCUGUUAGCAAUGCCUACGUAUGCUAUGGCAUGUUGCAAGCUGCCUAAGGCUUUAUGUACAGAUAUAUGUAAGGAAAUGGCAAACUUCUGGUGGGGGAGUGGUGCAGACAAUAGAAAAAUGCAAUGGAUGGGAUGGAAAAAAUUGUCAGAGAUAAAAAGUAGAGGAGGGCUUGGAUUCAGAGAUCUUCAAGAAUUCAACACUGCUGGCUAA